UAAGUCGCUGUCCAAGUCUUGGGACUCAACAGAAAACCAAAGGCAGACAGCAAGUCCCAGCUCCAACCGACCAUUGUGGUUUGACCGAGUCAGACUUGGCGAUGGUGUCCCAGCCGUCCUGCUUAGGCUCUGACGGUUGGACCUCCACCCUGGACCUGAGACCAAGACACGCCUUCCCGGGUCUCUCCUCGCAGUCCUGUGUGUGUGUGUGUGUGUGGACUGUUGAGCGACCUGCAGUUACACAACCUCGCUGACUGAUUUCCUAAAUAGACCGCACAACCUGCCGUGCCUCAGGGCUGAGGUUGGAUUACCUCGGGGGCGGAGUCUCCAUGGGCGGGGCUGAGGUCGGAUUACCACAGGGGCGGAGCCUCCAUGGAGAUCCUGCCCGUCCCGUCCGGGCUCAGAGGAGCCGCAGCACUCAGCCAUGGCCUGCGUGGUGGCCGCCUGGUCCGUCCACAGCCCGUCCGUCACCAACGCCAUCCUCAUGACCUCCAACGGACCCCCAGAUCUGAUGCUGGAUCCCCAGUCGGUGUGUGUGAGUGUGGACGAAGCGGUGAGAGCUCGGGCUCCCGGCGGCCAGAAGACGCCGCUGCUGCACGGCCACCAGAAGAAGCUGCACCACAGCAGCCUGCUGGAGGCCCAGAGGUUCUCCUCGUUGCCACGGAGACCAGCGGUCAACAUCCACUUCAGGGAUAUCUCCUACACAGUCCCAGAGGGAUCCUGGUGGAGGAGGAGAGGUUACAAGUCGCUGCUGCGAGGAAUCUCGGGACGCUUCUGCAGCGGGAACCUGGUGGCCAUCAUGGGGCCCUCUGGUGCCGGCAAGUCCACGCUGAUGAACAUCCUGGCCGGGUACAGGGAGACGGGAAUGAAGGGCGAGAUCCAGAUCAACGGUCGGCCCAGAGACCUGCGCUCCUUCAGGAAGGUCUCCUGCUACAUCAUGCAGGACGACAUGCUUCUGCCGCACCUGAGCGUGCAGGAGGCCAUGAUGGUACCAGACCCGCCACCGCCCACCGGCGGCCAGAACCGCCACCCAAGAGUGUGUCUGCUCCUCAGGUGUCGGCCAGCCUGAAGCUCCAGGAGAAGAAGGAGCGGCGCGGAGAGAUGGUCCAGGAGAUCCUCCGAGCACUGGGUCUGCUGGAGUGUGCCAGGACCAGGACCUCGCGGCUGUCGGGCGGUCAGAGGAAGAGGCUGGCCAUCGCCCUGGAGCUGGUCAACAACCCGCCCGUCAUGUUCUUCGACGAGCCCACCAGGUCAGAACCGGCGGGGCGGGGCGUGGCCCGGCACCACUGGCGUUCUAACCCCUGCGUGCGUGCGUGCGUGUGUGUGUGUGCGUCAGCGGCCUGGACAGCUCCUCCUGCUUCCAGGUCCUGUCUCUGCUCAAGUCUCUGGCUCGCGGCGGCCGCACCAUCAUCUGCACCAUCCACCAGCCCAGCGCCAAACUCUUCGAGCUCUUCGACCAGGUCCGUCCGCUCUCUGGCGCCGCCUCUGGUGCUGCGCCCUCACCGCAGCCGUGCGUGCGUGCGUGUGUGUGUGUGGCAGCUCUACGUCCUGAGCCAGGGUGUGUGCAUCUACCGCGGGAAGGUGUCGGCCCUGGUGUCCCACCUGCGAGAGCUGGGCCUCAGCUGCCCCACCUACCACAACCCGGCCGACUUCGUGAUGGAGGUGGCGUCCGGGGAGUACGGGGACCACACGGUGCGCCUGGUGAGGGCCGUCCAGGACCUGAAGUGGGAGGAGCCGGAGCCGGCCCAGCUGAACGGCGCCGGCGAGCCGGGCUGGCCGCAAGCCGAGGAGGAGCCGGCGGCGGCGGCGGCGGCGGGGUGUCACAGCUUCUCCGCCAGCUGCAUGACUCAGUUCUGCAUCCUGUUCAGGAGGACCUUCCUCAGCAUUCUCCGGGACUCGGUGCUGACUCACCUGAGGAUCUCGUCCCACGUCCUGAUCGGACUUCUGAUCGGCCUGCUGUACCUGGGCAUCGGCGACGAGGCCAAGAAGGUCCUCAGCAACUCCGGUUUCCUCUUCUUCUCCAUGCUGUUCCUGAUGUUUGCGGCGCUGAUGCCCACCGUCCUCACUUUUCCUCUGGAGAUGGCCGUCUUCCUCCGGGAGCAUCUCAACUACUGGUACAGUCUGAAGGCCUACUACUUGGCCAAGACCAUGGCCGACGUCCCCUUCCAGGUGCUCUUCCCGCUGGUCUACUGCAGCAUCGUGUACUGGAUGACGGCGCAGCCUCCGGACGCGGCGCGCUUCCUCCUCUUCCUGUCGCUGGGCGUCCUCACCUCGCUGGUGGCUCAGAGUCUGGGCCUGCUGAUCGGCGCCGCCUCCACCUCCCUCCAGGUGGCCACCUUCGUGGGCCCGGUCACCGCCAUCCCCGUCCUGCUCUUCUCCGGCUUCUUCGUCAGCUUCGACACGGUGCCCUGGUACCUGCAGUGGAUGUGCUACGUCUCCUACGUCAGGUACGGCUUCGAGGGCGUCAUCCUGUCCAUCUACGGCCUGGAGCGGCAGGACCUCCACUGCGAGGCGGGUCAGGUCUGCCACUUCCAGAAGUCCCGGGCCAUCCUGAAGGAGCUGGACAUGCUGGAGGCCAAACUCUACCUGGACUUCAUCGUCCUGGCCCUCUUCUUCUUCUGCCUGCGGCUGCUGGCCUACUUCGUGCUGCGCUACAAGAUCCACGCCCAGAGGUAGAGCAGGGCCCGGCGGGUCGGGAGCUGGACUCCGGGACCCGGGAGCCAGGACCUGAGCGGCUUCUCAGCUUUUCUAAUAAAGUUUUG